AUGGAGCCAACAAAGAGUUGCCAUGAAUUCUUCAAGGUCUUCCUGCCAGCCAACAGUUCACAGAGAUUGCUCAUUCCAUUGGGUUUCACAGCCAAUCUGAAAGAAAUGAUUCCAAACAAGGUAUUACUGAGAAAUUGUGAUGGGAAAUUUUGGCCGGUAGAGGUGAAAAAAAUUGGAAAUGAUCACCUAUUCUUUGAAGAUGGUUGGGUGAAAUUUGUCGAAGAUAAUUCUAUAGAACUUGGAGACUUUUUAGUUUUUCACUACAAUGCUGGGGAUAACGGAGAUGCUGCUGUCAAAGUUGGAGAUGAGCACAGAGGAGCGGCUGUAGUUGAAGGGGAAGACGAUUAUAUUUUUGAAACAGGGCACUACGUCCGACCCAAGAACCCUUAUUUUGUGGCAAAAAUGAAACAAACUACUAGGAAGAAUGACUUGUUAGUUCCUGCAGAUGUGAUCGAAGACCAUAAUCUGAAAUUACCAUCAGAGAUUGUCAUCCGUGACCAAGACAGCAAGACAUGGAUCUCAAAAGUAGUUGUGUGGAGAGAUGGGCGGACAUGGAUUCGCGGGUGGAAGGCACUCAUGCCAUUGGAUUUUACAGCCAACCUGAAAGAACUGAUUCCAAAUCAGAACUUGGACGAAGAAGAAGAAGAAAUAUACGAAGAAGAAGAGAGAAUAAUUUCCGGAGGCACUAGUCCUGGACAUAACGGAAAUGCUGCUGUCAAAGUUGGAGAUGAGCAGAGAGGAACGGCCGUAGUUGAGGGGGAAGAUGAUUAUAUUUUUGAAACAGGGCACUACGUCCAACCCAAGAACCCUUGUUUUGUGGCAAAAAUGAAACGAACUACUAGGAAGAAUGACUUGCGUCCACCGAUUGAGCAUAAUGCUGAUAGGCAUGCUACAAUAUUCAUUAUUGUUUUACCUGCAUUGACCAAUGUCUUCAGUUUGUAUUACACUGAUCAGUGGCAUGAAUUUUUAGUCUCCUUGUAUGCUUAUCAAAGUAUUCCUUCUCUACUAUUGCAGUUAGUUCCUGCAGAUGUGAUCAAAGACAAUAAUCUGAAAUUACCAUCAGAGAUUGUCCUCCGUGACCAAGACAGCAAGACAUGGACCUCAAAAGUAGUAGUGUGGAGUGACGGGCGGACAUGGAUCCGCGGGUGGAAGGCAGCUGAGGAACUACCUGAGGCUGAUGCUGAGCCUACAUUUGUUGUUGCGGCUGCAUCUAUGCUGGCUCUCGAGUCCAAGUGUAAACUAUUGGCGACCAAUUAG